ACGGAAUAUGGCGGCCAGCUCAGAUCGGAUUCCUCCUCCUUUCCCAGCCUCAGAGGAGCCGGGAGCCGGACAGUCUGACAUGGCAGACGGGGACAGCGACGAGGGGGAGGACAUCUUCGUCAGUAACAGUAACCCCGUGGCUGUGAGUCGAGGAGUUUCUCAGCCGGACAACGUCAAUGAGGAGCCUCCAGAUCUGUUCAGUGAGGAGGAGGCGAGCAGCACGACGGCCAAAUCCAACGGAGUUCACUCUGAUGAUGAAAACGACCUGUUUGCUGAGGCUCAUGUGGAGCUGAGCACAGAGACGCCCGGCAGCUCUGCCCGUGAGGAGCUCUCCGCCUCCUCUGGGCCUCGUCCUGCCUCGUCCUUCACUCAGAGCCCCGCAGCUAUGCAGCCCACUUCCUUGGAGCAGCUGGAGGAGGAAGAAGAGAAAGAUAGUUUUGAUGUGGACGUUGCCGUCACCAACCCUGAGAAAGUUGGAGAUGGCAUGAAUGCAUUUGUGGCCUACAAAGUAUCCACCAGGACCUCCUUGGCCAUGUUCAGAAGUAAAACCUUCUCUGUGAGGAGGCGUUACAGUGACUUCCUCGGCCUUUAUGAGAAGCUGUCGGUCAAGCAGACGCUCCACGGCUGCCUCAUUCCUCCACCGCCUGAGAAAAGUGUUGUAGGAAUGACCAAAGUGAAGGUGGGAAUGGACGACCCGUCAUCAGUCGAGUUUGUGGAGAGAAGAAGAGCAGCUCUGGAAAGGUAUCUUCAGAGAGUAGUGGCUCACCCAUCAUUACUACAAGACCCAGACGUGCGUGAGUUCUUGGAGAGAGAGGAGCUGCCCAGAGCGGUGAACACCCAGGCGCUGAGUGGAGCUGGAUUCCUCAAAAUGAUCAAUAAAGCAUCAGACGCUGUCAACAAGAUGACCAUCAAGAUGAAUGAAUCUGACACUUGGUUUGAGGACAAGUUCCAGGAGGUGGAGAACGAGGAGCAGCAGCUGAGGAAGCUUCAGGCGGUGGUCGACUCGCUGGUCAACCACAGGAAGGAGCUGUGUGGGAGCACGGCUAUAUUUGCCAAAAGCAUGGCCAUGUUGGGAAACUCUGAGGACAACACGGCUCUGUCGAGGGCCCUGUCCCAGCUGGCAGAGGUGGAGGACAAGAUGGAGCAGCUGCAUCAGGAGCAGGCAGCCAGUGACUUCUUCAUCUUUGCAGAGCUGCUGGCCGACUACAUCCGCCUGCUGGGUGCUCUGCGUGGGUGUUUUGACCAGCGUGUGAAGGCGUGGCAGCGAUGGCAGGAGGCUCAGAGCACACUCCAGAAGAAGAGAGAGGCUGAGGCCAAACUGCUGUGGGCCAACAAGCCAGACAAACUGCAGCAAGCCAAGGAAGAGAUCACUGAGGUAACAGACACAUCGCCAAUUUCCUCCAAGAAGUCCCUGUGGGAGGCGAGGGUCACUCAGUACGAGAGAGAUUUCGACAGGAUUGGCAUGACUUUACGCAAGGAGGUUCUCAGGUUUGAGAAAGAAAAAUCAAAGGACUUCAAGAGCCAGAUAGUCAAAUAUUUGGAGGCAAUGCUGCAGUCUCAACAACGGCUUGUAAAGUUUUGGGAGGCCUUCCUGCCCGAGGCGAAGGCGAUAGCUUAAUGAAGAGGGAGACUUUUUUAAAGACCCCAACUGCCUUUUUUGAACACUUUUUACCUCUUGACCACAAACUGAGAGGACAAUUUUUGAAACACACCAGAAACUUCCAUCCAUUUUUUGUUUUUUCUUUUGUCUUUUUAAUCAUAGUGUAUUCUCUUAUCUUGUACAGUUCUUUGAUAUAACAAGCUACCGCAUUUACACAACGUUUUUUUUGCAUUAUUCCUUGUUUAUUUUCUUGACUGAAAGAUGGUUUAAAGCAGGAGAGGAACCAGGGUGUAGUGUUUGUAAAACUCACUGUCAGUGGGAUAAACAAUAUAUUUAUGUUUCUUGCUUAAACCAGUAUAUAAAAGUGUUAACACUGAGGUACUGCCCUAUAAUAACAUUGUCUAUAGUUUACAUUAGAAGAUAGACGUAUAUAAGUCAUUCCAGUCUAACAGCUUAUAUUGAUGGAUGCAUGUCAGAUAACAUUUUGAUGCACUAAAAAUGCAUUAUACAGUUGGAAAAGCUGUGUUUUUAAAAUAAAAUACCACUAUUGAUGACUGAGGUCAUUUACCAGGAGUAUUAGCACAUUGUUAGUGUAUCACAUACCGCAUAUUAGAUCAUAGAAAUCAUAUUAAAACUCAAAAGAUUUGACAAGGUUGGUCAGAGUUGUUACGACAUGAUAAAAGAAAAUGUGAAGUGACGGUGAGUGCAGGUUAAUAAAAUGCAAUCACUGCUUUGUUGGUGUUUUCUACAAUGAUGUAUUUGCUAGAAUCAUGUUUAUUAUAUUCAUCCAACAGUUUUAAUUACUUUAUAAGUCUUGUGUCCCGAAGUAACUCAUCUGGAACUGCUGCAGAGAUUGUUUACUGCCUGUAAAUGACUAUUAUUAAUGACACAUAUGUACACAUGUACAGUACUUGAAUUGAAUCAUAAAACCACUGUCAAGUAUUAUUAUUAGUAACCGUCCAUGUUUUUUGAUAAAUUGGUUUAUUGAUGACAGAAAAGCACAGACAUUCAAGUGAUACGGUCCCUUAUUUUCUUAUUCAGCAUUUGUAAGUGUAGUUUUUCUGUCAUGUCAUCUUUACGUAAGAAUGUGCUUUAUUUUUGUAACCACUUUGCAUUAGCACACACAUUUUCCUUAACAGGUAGAUGUACAAAAUAAAUAUGAUUGGUUAAACUUUG